GAUAGGCACAGAGAGAGAAAGAGAAAGAUUCGCCGGAAUAUUCCGAGAUUUCAGGCAAAAAGUGUUCUUCUAGGGUUUGCACAGAAUCGAUUGUGUUUGUGUUUGUGUGUGUGAUUUUUGUGUUGUGAUGCCGUACCGUGUUCGCGAGAAUCUAUUCAUCGGCAACAUCAGUGACGCGGCGGAGAUUCUCCAAAACGGUAGCGCCGAGAUCACGCAUAUUCUCUCGGUCCUCAGCUCGGUUUCGAUAUCGUUUUUCUCCGAAUGGCGCAGCAGUCUCGUUAUUCCGGCUAAGGAAAUCAAGAAGGUUUAUGCUGGUGGAGGUGGUGGUGGUGGUGGUGAUGGUUGUUCAGGUUCCGUGGAGGAGGAUUCAAUUGCUGAUGGAGGGUCCAAGAGUUCCUUGUCGCCGGAUAAGAUUUUGUACUCGUUGGAAUGUGCGGGCAAGGAUUUGAAGCUGGUGAGGAUGGCCGUGCCGAUUAGAGAUAUGGAGAGUGAGGACUUGUUGGAUUAUUUAGAUGUUUGUUUUGACUUCAUUGAUCAGAAUCGAAAAGAGGGGUCUGUUUUGGUACAUUGCUUCGCUGGCGUGUCAAGAAGUGCAGCUAUCAUUACAGCAUAUCUGAUGAGAACCGAACAUUUAUCUCAAGAAGAUGCUCUGGAAUCCUUAAAGCAAAGCUGCGAAUUUGUUUGCCCCAAUGAUGGUUUUAUAGAGCAGUUAAAGAUGUUUGAGGAAAUGGGCUUCAAGGUUGACCGUGCAAGCCCCAUAUACAAGCGCUUUCGACUGAAAGUAUUGGGUGAAUCUUAUAACCGUGGGGAGAAGAUAGAAAGUUCUAAAUUUGGGGCAGAUCCUGGUUUGGCUACAGAAGUUUCCUCAGAAGUGGAAGUAGCUUCAAAUUUAGGAAAUAAUCGUACUCCUGCAUACCGCUGCAAGAAAUGCCGAAGAGUUGUUGCACUGCAGGAGAACGUUGUAGAUCACAUUCCAGGUGAGGGUGAGACAUCUUUUGAGUGGCGCAAGCGGAAAAGUGGCAACCCAUAUAACAAGUCUGAAGAGUCUGAGUGUUCAUCUAUUUUUGUUGAGCCCCUACAAUGGAUGACAGCAGUUAAAGAAGGUGCAAUGGAGGGCAAGUUGUCCUGUGCUCACUGUGAAGCUCGCUUGGGUUUCUUCAAUUGGUCAGGCAUCCAAUGCAGUUGUGGGAGCUGGAUCACCCCAGCCUUUCAGAUCCAUAAAAGCCGAGUGGACAUCAGCACUGUCUAAAAUUUGUCAAAAAAACAUUUGUCAAGAAAAGUUUCUUACCAAUCCUGCAACGAUUUGAAGUGCGCAGUAUCUUUCCAGUAAUAAAUUUAGAAACUCAGAUACAGCUAAAACAAGGUACAUAGUUUCCAAGUCAACCUAGAAGAAAGAGAGGCCUCCUAAAGCCUUUUUUUGCAUUUGCUGCAGUAGGAGAUCGAAGCUUUGAGUAGAAUGCUGUCUUGCAUGUCUGGUAUACUUUAUGAUUUUGAUAUGAUUGGGGUUUGACCAACAUGCAGACUAGUUUUCUUUAUUGUUUGAAUAUCAUGUUGUUAUUGAGGUUCAUAUUUUAGGCAAUUUUUUUGGCAUGGAGACGUGGAAGACAUUCAAGGGUAAACUAUGUUAACGGGGAAGCUCUGCUAUCCAAUAUUUAUAGAGAAUGAUUGUCAAUUGCAUGGGAGAUUCCUUUGUUUUUCAUCACGUUAUCUUCCUUUGUUAUAGCUACCUAAUGUAUAUAAGUGAAUGAAAAAUUUGAUAUUUUCUUGUCUCGUAA